CCCGCCACCGCCCCUGAAGGAGUUUGCUCGGUUUUGUGGGUGAGGGUUGUGGAGCCGGUGCUUCCCAGGGGAGAUGCAGCAGCGUAAGGUCGGCCUGAGCCCCGAGGUACUCGGGCUGGGGUCAGGAGGCUCCGUCCUGUCAGGGGGCAGGCAGAAGCAAUGGCAUGGAGAAGUCACUCAGGAUCUCCGAAACCACCUUGUUCAGAAAUUAGUCCAAGCCAUAUUUCCUACUCCUGACCCUGCAGCACUGAAGGAUCGGCGUAUGGAGAAUCUGGUGGCAUAUGCUCGGAAAGUGGAAGGGGAUAUGUAUGAAUCGGCAAACAGCAGGGCAGAGUACUAUCACUUGCUAGCGGAGAAGAUCUAUAAGAUUCAGAAGGAGCUGGAGGAGAAACGAAGAACCAGGCUGCAGAAGCAAAACAUGAUCCCAAAUGCUCCGGGCAUGCCGCAGGCUCCCAUGAAUCAAGGGCCCAAUAUGGGACAGCCCCAGCCAGGGAUGUCUGCAACGCUGUGGGAUUGUUUUCAGAACCUGAACCUGGAGGACCCCUGAUGCUACAGAAAUUUGCUGAUGGAGUUGCACGCAGCAGGCUUUGCAAGCUCGCUGCCACUGUCCCUCUAUAAUUAGGCUGUGGCCCCAGUCGCUGCCCAGGGUUCUAAGCAUGGUUCACACCGAUAGUGACACUCCUUUGCGUUUAGAUCAACAGGCUGUAGCCUCGUGUUAGUGCCUUUGGAUUGUCUGGAAGAGCAAUCCAUGCAUAUCUGUAACAUAGGUAAGCCUCUGGAGCGAAGCUUCUCCAUGCUGCCUUACUUUCGCCUGCAACUAAGGCCGUACUGUCUGCACAUGAGAGGAACUGUGCGUGUGCCUCACGCAUUACUUGUUUAGCUCCUCGCUACAAGGUCUGUACAGAGUAGGAACAUUCAAUACAGGUAGGGGUUUUUUUUCUUUUUUCUUUGUCAACACAAUGAAGGUGAUAACAAAAUAAAAGGGGUAGAAUGGGAAAUAGAACUAACUGCAGGCAAUGUACCUUUUGAGUAAGAGAGACUCAAUGCCAGAGACAUACAGUGAGACACUUGCUUCUUGGCUGUUCUUGACAGCGAGCUGGGGUGAGGAAUGUUGCUACCAGUACCACUAAGACCACACUACUUUUCCAUGGAGGAAAAAAAAGCCAAAAGGGAGAGGAGCAUUCGUACUACGACAAAGCUAUGCUAUAAAUGCAUAAAAAUUUUAAAACCAAU